AUUGUUGCGUCUGUUCACUUAGCUCAAAAGCUGCUCUCUGACUACCUGGCGCUCAGUUUUCCCUUCGUUCUUGUAACAUGACGGCGCCGCCUCUCGCGCCGGACGCAAAGCCUCCCCGCCGCAGGAGGAAGACCUACACUUUCUGGUGGUGCUUCCUGGGCAUUUGCACAGAGGCCCUUCUGUUCCUGCUGUCUACUUUAUCUGAUGCCUGUGAACUACCACCACCAUUUGAAGCUAUGGAACCCAAGGAAGAAACUAAACCCUAUUAUGAGGUUGGAGAGACAAUAGAAUAUAAGUGUAAAAGAGGAUACAUAUUUCUGUAUCCAUUCAUCAUGGUUGCUACCUGUGAACCAAAUCAUACAUGGUUCCCUAUUUCAGAUCAUGGUUGUGCUAAAAUAGAAUGUCCUACAUUAGCAGAACCUGAAUUUGGCAAAGUACACCUCCUAGAUGGCAGAAUUUCAUGGGGUGGUCGAGCUCAAUUUACUUGUAUGGAUGGUUAUUACGUAGUUGGUAUGUCAGUUCUACACUGUGUGCUUAAAGGUGAUGAUGCAUAUUGGAAUGGUCCUCCCCCACAUUGUGAAAAAGUUUAUUGUUUACCACCUCCAAAAAUAAAAAAUGGAACACACACCUUUACUGAUAUAGAAGUAUUCAAAUACCGUGAAGCAGUAAUUUACAGUUGUGAUCCUAAGACGGGACCAGAUAAGUUUUCCCUUAUUGGAAUGAGUAUGCUCUUCUGUUCUGGUCAUAACACCUGGAGUAGCAAGCCUCCAGAAUGUAAAGUGGUAAAAUGUCCAUUUCCAAUACUACAAAAUGGAAGAAUGACACCAGGAAUUGAAAAAAAAUUUUCUUACCGAGAAACAGUGACGUUUGAGUGCAUGGAGGGUUUUUACAUGAACGGCAGUGAUACAGUGGUCUGCGAUGCUAACAGCACUUGGGAGCCUCCAAUCCCAAGGUGCCUUAAAGGUCCUAAGCCUACUCAUCCCACCAAGCCUCCGGUUUACAAUUACCCAGGAUAUCCUAAUCCCCAUGAAGGAAUAUUUGCCCAAGAAUUAGAUGCAUGGAUUAUUGCUCUGAUUGCUAUUACUUCAAUUGUUGGCAUUGUUGUAGUUUGUCUCAUCAUACUCAGAUAUCUUGAGUACAGGAAGAAAGGGAAAACCGGGGUUAAAGCUAAGUCUACCACUUCCCUGAAAAGGUCAACCUCACAAACAGAGAAAACUGCAUCAUUGCCACAAAUCUCAAAAAGCAGCGUAUCUGUUGCCUCUAAUCUAGCUGUAUCUGAAGCAAACUGAGAAGUCCCAUGUGUGGAAGUCAUUACUGUUCCAUUUUUGAAAACUGGCUUUUCAAGUCUGGCAAAAGUAAAAUUAUAUAUUUGCAGGAGCUUCAUUUGUGGUAA